ACCAUACAUCAGGGGGUGUUUGUAAUUUACCCUUAAUUAUAUGAUUGAAAAUGCAGUCCAGUUGAUAUAAUUGAAUAUAGUACUUGCAGUGAAUAAAGAAGAAGUUUUCAUGCAUAGACGUUUUCUCCUCUCCAACAACUAAUUAAUUAAUUGGCACUAUAAAUUAACCUAAACUCAGCAACACUUAUGUAGAAACAAAAAGCAAGAAGAAAAAUAUAUACACUAUACUGCUAAUUAACUAUAUUAUUCCACCAUCAUGUCUGUGUUGAUGAGAGUGCCAAUAGCAACUUUUCUCGUGCUGAUAUUCGUAACUGUGUUCGAAAAAGGAUGCAACGCUCAGUUGAGCACCACAUUCUACGCUACCACGUGCCCUAAUAUAUCGAGCGUGGUUCUUAAUGUCAUCCAACAGGCUCAACGGGCUGAUGUUCGGGCUGCCCCUAAACUUAUUCGCCUUCAUUUCCAUGAUUGCUUCGUCGAUGGCUGCGAUGGAUCGCUUUUGCUAGACAAUGCAGACGGCAUACUCAGCGAAAAAGACGCGUUCCCGAAUGCUGGUUCUGUCGACGGAUUCGGUAUAGUAGAUAACAUGAAAACAGCCUUGGAGAGUGUGUGCCCAGGUGUGGUCUCGUGUGCAGAUAUUUUGGCACUAGCUUCUCAAAUUUCAGUUAACUUGGUAGGAGGUCCAUCAUAUUCAGUACCACUAGGAAGAAGAGAUGGCAGAACAGCAAACAGAGCAGGGGCAAAUACGGAACUUCCAAGCCCUUUUGCCAACCUUGAUGAACUCCGAUCCAAUUUCAGCGCCAAGGGUCUCGACUCUACUGACUUGGUCGCUCUAUCAGGUGCGCAUACAUUUGGGCGUGCAAAAUGCAACACAUUCAGCCACAGGCUCUACAACUUCGCCAACUCCGGUGGGCCCGACCAAACCAUAGAACCUACUUACCUGGAAACGUUGCGACAAACGUGCCCUCAAAACGGCGCCGGAACCACCUUAGAAAAUCUUGACCAGUCAACGCCCGACGAAUUCGACAACGAAUACUUUGAAAAUCUGCAGAGCGGGAAAGGCCUUCUUCAGACCGAUCAACUAUUGUUCUCUUCUACUGGAUCCGAUACAGUUGCUAUUGUUGACCGGUUCGGUGAUAGCGAAACCGAGUUUUUCGAUGCUUUCGUCCGGUCCAUUAUUAAAAUGGGCAACAUUGCCCCGCUCACCGGAACUCAGGGAGAGAUCCGAGCUGAUUGCAAGAGGGUUAAUUAAUUAAUUAAUUAAUUAUUUAUUUAAAAAUAGUGUGCUUCGUCUUUUUUUUUUUUUUUUUCCUACGUUUUGCAAGUUGUAAGUUUAAUUUAAAUAAAUUGUAAUUUUGAGUUAUUGUUUGAUGAAAGUUGUGAUGUGGAAAUUUAAA